AUGGCCGACCGCGACUAUAACAACUCCACCAUGCCUACUAUCCCGACCUCGAAGAUUGAAAGCGUUUUCCGCAACAUGACCCAGGGGCAGCAGGGUUCCCAACAACAACAAGGUGGUACCUCUCUUAACCCUGAGUGGAACACUGAGGAGAUCCUCGAGACAACACUGGACAAGAACGGAAACCCCGUCCCCGAUCGCUAUGCGUACACCGAUGGCGUGAAGAUGUCCUCGAAAGGCCCUCAUCAACAGCCCGAGGCCGAUGCCUAUGAAGCUGCUACUGAGGACUUUGAUUAA